AGGAUCGAUUGUGUGGCUUCCAUGCUUCACCCGCCCACCUAGCUGAAGGAAGGCACGCCUGACCACGACGAUCACGGCCACGACCUUUUAAGUUCCUUUCGGAUCAAACAUACCGAAUCUUACUUAACCAUCAAUCAUCUAUCAACUUCCAUCAACCCGGUUAUCGUCGAUAUCCUCAUUAGAUGGAUCUCUUCUUGAGAAGCCGUGUCACUUCGGACUUUGAUAUCAAUAUAUUAUUAUUUGAGAUACGUGUACCGAUCGAUAGGCGGGUAAUGCAUCAUGGAAUGCGCUUCGGGAACCAGCCUCGAUCAGAUUGGCCUGCUAUCGCCCGAUAAUAAGAAAUAAUGCUCACGACAAGCCUCAUCGAACAUAUAUCGAUACAUGAUCAUGCGUCUGUACCGACAAAAUAUUCUCAUUUCUCCUUUCUAUGACCAUAUCCACCCGAUCACUUGCGACUGUCCUGUCGCACAGAGGACAAAUUCUGUAACAUUCGACAGAAUUUGACGGGCAUAUUGGAAGGUUACAGGAUCUGUCCAUUUUCGUAAUUGUGCUAUGCUCUUCCGCCAUGCUGUAACUCGUGAGCACCUCUUGCCAUAUAACUUGGAUCUUUCCUUCUUUCUAUCCAACUACGACGUAGUCUGGUAAACUUCGUCUCGUUGGUGCUUUUGUUGCUUUCGUUACCACCCUUAAGUCUGCGUAGUCAUAAUGGACGACUUGAUGGUUUUGACCGAGGAGGAGGUUCGAUAUUUCCUUGCCCUACUCUCAUGGGAACCUAGUGGCGAAGACGAUGAAGACGAGGAUGAGGAUGACGAUAUUCAAGAGAAAUCCCGUAUGCCAGUAGUGCCUGCGGGACAAUUCAUGUUCCUAGUCCUAGGGGCUAAAGGGUGUGGGAAAACAUCAAUACUAGAGAGGUUCUGCCACGGCUCAUCCGCUAAAGAAGUUGAAGAUGACGAGUCACUCGAUUCUGACGAACAAGAACGAGCAUAUCGCCACAGCAUGAAGAUCGAGGACCAGACAUACAUCUUCAACGCCCUAGAACUGCCCUCUCAGCACCUAUCCAACGAAGAGCGGCUUAAGCAAGCCGUCAGGAUCACAGAAGCUGCGGUCAUAGUCUACGACGUUAGAUCGAGAGCAUCCUUCGGCCUGGCCUCGGAAAUUCACAACCGUGUUAACAAUUUGGUUGGUGGUGAGCGCAUGUACGGCCUCGUCCUCUUAGCCAGCAAUUCUGACUGCGAGGAUGAAGAAAGGGAGGUCUCCUGGGCUGAGGGAAAUAAACUGGCAAGGAGUUUCAAUAUUCAGUGUACGUUCGCCGAGACGUCCGCGAAGACGGGCGAGAACAUCGACGAAAUGUUUACCCAGCUGGGAAAGGAGGCGCUGAAACUCAGAUGGCUCAACCGCCAACGGAGAGAGCAGAUCGAACAGAUAUCGAUUGAUACGCAUCAGUGCUCCAUCGAACUUUCUCCGUUGAAACGUGUCGCUAGGUGGAGGUCAUGGGCUCGACCUUGGUUCCAACGAAGGGCGGCAGAGAGGAAGACGUCUGCGCCGUAUUGAUUGUCGGAUACACACUCAUUUUUUCCAUGAUUUAAACCGUUUAAGUAAAGUUUUCAAGUAAGGUUCUUACAUCCGUCUCACCGGAAGUAGGAUGACAUAAGAUGGAGAUAUCUAUCAUUUAUAACCGGAAUAUGCGUCUACUUAGGCUAAUAGCACCGAAAUCUCACGCUCCAAGCUGAGCUACUUUACAUUCAAAACUAUACCAAAGCGAUAGG